AGCGUCGCUCUCCGGUCUCCCUCCUCCUCUCCGCUGCGGGCUCUCUAGUCGCGCUGAAGUGACGUCGCCUUUCCUUUCCGGCCUGGGCUCGCGGCGUGUGAGGAGGAAUUUCUUGGUGCACGUCACUUGUAGCAAGAUCCAGAAACAAACGCACAAUGCAGAACGACGCUGGGGAAUUUGUGGAUCUUUACGUGCCUCGUAAAUGCUCUGCUAGCAACCGGAUAAUCUGUGCUAAUGACCACGCUUCCAUCCAAAUAAAUGUUUCAGAGGUUGAUAAGGUCACAGGCAGAGUUAACGGCCAGUGCAAAACAUACGCAAUUUGCGGAGCAAUUCGUAGGAUGGGGGAGUCUGAUGACUCUAUUCUGCGCCUGGCAAAGAACGACGGCAUCGUUUCCAAGAAUUUCUAACUCAAAAGGCGCCAUGAUAUGAAAUUUCUCGUAAAAUAAACUUGUUCAAAAAACA